AUGUACCAUUUGGUGCUUGCGCCGUCAGUAGCACUACCCAGUAAUGACAUGUAUUCAGAAUGGUCGGACAUCGUGUUACCUAUCUUCCCGUUGAGUGUAAAACAAAUAGAGACCGUCGAGACCAGAGAUGGAAUUCUUGAGUCGACUGCUAUGGAUGUCGACCUUUGUACAUCAAAUUCGGGUGAUGGCUGCGGAGGCUCCUUCCCCUUCAAGACUUCACCUGGACUUUGCGCGAAGUGCCAAAAACUCGCUACACUAAAGCCUGACUCUGAGGAGUAUGUCACUUGGAGCAAAACGAGACAGUGCGAUAGCUGUGGACUUGCGUGGAAGAAUCUCGUGAGUCCCACUUGUGGACGGUGCGCUGGCCUACUGGCCAAAACAAUAACUGGUAGUGGUCCAAACCCCCAAGCAGCCGACCUUAUCCAGACUGCUGUUACCACCUCACGACUCGCUCGAGCGCAAGCCUUCGAUGCACGUUUGAAUAAACAGCCCGCACCGAACCCUCCAGCCAUUCAUACAACCGCUGGACUGUCGACUGCCCGAGUCAACAACACUCCAACUGGCGAAAACAAGGUUUUCAUCACAGUCGAAUGCCGCAUCAAGAGCAACCAGAAACGAGAGCAAAACUCAACCGACGCUGACUGCGGUCGCUGGGGCAAGCCAUGGCGCUAUGGGAUGGAACUUACACGGGACGAGGUUGAAUUCCGUUGGGCGGGCAAUAAACGUUUCUUGCCUGGUACUGUCAAUGACCAGGUGGGAAAUGUGUAUAAUGCCUAUAUGACUGGCGACAUGGGCCUCUAUUAUGCGUCUAAUGAGGCCAGGUCGAAGAAAUCUACUGUGCCGAAAAACCAAUAUUUUAUGGCGCUCGAGCUUUACAUCGAUAAACCACGGUUUAUCCAGCGGCGCAAUGAUGGCGGCGGUUCACCUGACAUAUCAAAGUCUAUUUCUGUGCGAAAGCGCAGUGCCACAGCUACAUCGCUUACUGGUGAAGACAUCCCCCAGCAAAAGCGCCAUGCAGGUGGCUCUCUACUCUCAUGCUGGGUCCCCACACCUCGGUCUACCUCCACAAAUGUGUCUGCGCCUGUACAGCUCAUCAAAGCGUAUGCCACUUGUGAUUCGAAAACUGGGCAAGUCGAAAUUGUUUGGCUUGAGAAUGCAGAACCCAUAGAUGGAUUUCUAGGGAAGGAGGUCCUGGCUUCUGGAAGUACCAAGAACGUUUACCAACUUUCGAUGGGCACAGAGCUUUUCAUCGCUAAGAGGUUCUUCGAAAUUGGUUCCGAUAGUGAGAUUACGCCCGCUGAGAACGAGGAACAUUUGAGAAGCGAGCUUGUACGCUUGAAGACUGCGUUCUGGAUGCUCAACAAAUUCAAGGAACAUGCAAAGGCGAAUAGUGUAGAGAUUGCAAAUGUUUCUGAAGGCUUUUUGGUAAAGGAGGUUGGUGAACCGUCUAUUGCCUCAGGUCUUCCGGCCUUCGAGACGGAUUCUGCAACCUGGCUUGUUGAGCCUCGCCGCACAAAAUCGGUCGUGAAAUUCAGUGGAACUCUGAUUCAUCCCAGUCAUACAGACAAGGUCGGAAUAACGCUUGUAGCGUUUGCCCACUUCUCCUAUGAAUUCAGCCAGAAACAACUUGUUUUUGCAGAUAUCCAAGGCAAUGAUUCUGGUAUUGGAGACCAUGGACCGACGGGGAUCGAAUCUUUCUUGGAACAGCAUACGUGUAAUUAUGUGUGCAAGGGGCUCAACCUCACUUCUUUUGGCAAGAGCGUAACAACUAAAAGCCGCUCGGAAGGUGAAGGCGAGGAUGAGGAUGAGUUAGAUCAGUUGGAUAAAGAGUAA